AUGUCUUCCAACAAUGGUGACACCACAUCAUCUCAAGGCUACGAUGACCUCGAGCUCGAAGCUGCCGGCUAUAAGCGGUCCAUGCCCCGUCGGUUCACCUUUUGGGCAUUGGCUGCACUGUCCUUCGACCUCACCUGCACAUGGCUCGGCAUGGGCUCCUCGAUCGGCGGCACUCUGUGGUCUCUCGUCAUAGCUGGGUCGAUGACAUUGGUUGUUUCUGCAGGGAUGGCUGAGCUGGCUUCUGCUUAUCCCGUUGCUGGAGCACAAUAUUAUUGGUCUUUCAUGGUGUCCAGCGACAAGUACAAGCCUUUCGCAUCGUUUCUUAACGGCUGGAUGAGCAUCAUCGGCUGGUGGCUCGGCGCUGCUUCUGUGGCAAAUUUCGUGGCAUCCAUGGUCCUUGAGAUCGUCGGCAUCUGGCAUCCGGACUUUCAAGCCAAGCAGUGGCAACAGUGGCUUAUCUACGUUGCUUUGACGUGGAUUUCCGUCGCAGCAAAUGUCUUCGGGUCAGCCUGGAUCCCAGCGUUCAACAAGGCGCUUUUUGGCAUCAGUGUGAUCACAUUGUCUUCGACCAUGAUCACUUUGUUCGUUGUCAGCCGCAACAAUCACGCUUCGGCCGAGUUCAUCUUCACUGACACCACAAGCUCUUCCGGCUGGGGCGAGGGCUGGGCCUUCUUUUACGCCAUCGGCAAUGCUGUGUAUACCUUCCUGGGUUCCGACUGCGCUGCCCACCUAUGCGAAGAGAUCAGUAACCCAGCAAAGAAUGUGCCUAGAGUCAUCAUGUGGCCGCUUCUUGGUGGACUGCUCACAGCGUUCCCCUUUGCUGUAUCGCUGCUCUAUGCGAUCAACGAUCUGCAGGCCGUCUUCACAACAACAGCCGGCUUGCCCCUGAUCGAAAUUUACUAUCAGGGUACUGGAAGCCGUGUUGCAGCGUCCAUAUUGCUGGCGAUGUUCGCCUUCUGUUUCUUCGGGAACCUGGUCGCCAAUGCCACAACUGCAUCCCGAACUCUGUGGGCUGUAUCGCGCGACGGUGCACUACCCUUCUCGAAAUACUGGGCCCAUGUGCAUCCGCGUUGGCAGAUGCCAGCAAAUGCAAUGUGUCUUUCUGCCACGUUCAUAACGCUCUACGGCUUGAUCUUCCUCGGCUCCUCAACCGCUUUCAGCGCCAUGGUCUCAGCCUGCAUUUUCUUCCUGCAGACCUCUUGCGUCAUUCCUCAGGCCAUUCUAGUGUAUCGUGGAAGGGAUAGGGUCCUCCCGGAACGUCACUUCAAUCUGGGUCGCUUGGGAUACCCGAUCAACAUCGUGGCUGUCGUGUGGGUCGCCUUUCUCGACGUCUUGUAUUGUCUGCCUACCGUACGCCCUGUCACGGCGGCGAAUAUGAGCUAUGUGUCAGUCGUGGCGUUCGGGCUGAUCGCAUUCAUCAUCGUGCUGUGGUUCACCACAAAGCGUGGCGUCUUUAAGGGACCUCGAGUCGAUGUGGAGCUGUUGAAUGAGCGCCGAAAUGCUGCAAUACACGGCGAGGUCGUCGAAGGCGAUAGCGUGAGCAGCACCCACAAGGAGGCGUUCAACAAUGGAGGGGAGAAGAACGCAGCGUUGGGGAACUAA